UAUUAUGUAUAAUAAUUUAGAAUACGAAGGCUUUUAAAAGCUAAUUUGGUUGGUGUUUUAGCGCCAGAACGUACGUAAUACGCGUAGUAAAAGAGUUAGAAGUGAAUAUUUUCGAGCACCGAUGAUGGAGGGGCGAAGUAGGCAGCGUUUCGCUAGCAGUUACGGGCAAUUAGUUUUUCUUCGCGGGAUACCGGUUGUUCUCAGAGAAUACGUUAGAUUUUUAAUGUGUCAGAGUGCAUUAUGCUUUGUGGAUGUUGGCUGGACCAACGUCAGUGUUUUAAAACGUUUUUUUUUCUUCUUGCGUCUUUAUUACGUGUAAUUCGAUAUGUUAAAGUGAUAUAUUUUUCCUAAAACGAAAAUUGUGUGUGAUUUUUCAAUACCUACUCGAGUACAAAAUAAUAUGUGCGAGUCGAAUUAGCAUUAUGAUAUGUGGUGGUGUUCGUUUUGAAAUCUAUAUAGUGGUGUAUUUCGCUGUGUAUCAACAUGUAACCUGUGUAGCGAAUGCAGUUUCUGUUUUGGUCAAUAAAGGUUCCAAAACUCCAAACGCCUACCAACAUGACUCUUCGACCAAAGGUUACAACGAACCACAAUUUCCAUCAGCGCAAUUCGACCAUACGGACGAAGAAAUCGUCAGCAGACCUGGCGAAAGCAUCAGCUUACCUUGUUCGGUGAAAUAUCUCGGCGAUAACGUAGUGUCGUGGAUUCGUCGCCGAGAUCUGAAAAUUUUGACAUCAGGAAUGGUAAAAUUUACCGGCGAUAAACGUUUCCAUAUUGAUCAUUCGCAAGAAGAAGCGAAUAAUUGGACACUGAUUCUAGACGAUGUGCAGAAUUCGGACAGUGGGUUUUACGAAUGCCAGAUUAAUACUGAACCAAAUCUCAAACGAGCUGUGCUUUUGCUGGUGUUUUCUGGUAAUGGAGUUAGCGAUUAUUCGGACCGAGAAGAGAAUCGAGAUGGUCUGCCGUUUCAAAUCGCCAGUAUUUUGGGCCCUUCGGAACGAUUUGUGCAUUAUGGAAGUACGGUGACUCUUAGUUGCUAUAUUAAAAUCAAUGAUAGCAGUAGAUUUCCACUAGAAGAGAGUUAUUUUUCAAAUUAUCGAAGAUUGGUGAAAUGGCUGCAUUAUUCAGAUUUGUUGACCAUCGAGUCCUCAAGAGGAGGUGUAGGAGGUGGUAUCAGUAUCGAUACGAGGGUUUCUUCGACGUCAAUUACUAGCCAACUGACCAUAGCCACAGUGACGCCCAAAGAAGCGGGUCCAUAUACGUGCAAACCUAUCAAAGGAUCGGCUCACAACGUAACGUUGAUUAUUAUUCAAAACGAAGAUAUUGAAGCCAUGAAACCGGAAAAUUUUUCACAGUCCAGGGCAAUCAGCGAAAAUACUAUUCGGACGUUUAUGUACUUGGUUUCCAGCAUCUUGCUUUCCACCGGUGUAUUUUUAUUCAAUUUACGACGAGUUUAAAUAUUUAUUUCAACGACCCUCUAGCCGCAAAUUCUCUCCUAAAAUGUGUGUUUUUUCUUACCCAAUGGAAUAUGUGAGGUUCAAGGGUUCGCGACCUGGUUAACGGACGUGUGAAUGAGUAAGGUACCUAAGUACGAUGACGUGACGAGGAAAACUGGCGAAAAAUUCUGUUUUGUGUGUUUUCUCCGGUUGUGUUUUUUAUUCAACUUGUAUGUACUCGUGUAUGCAAAAACGUCUCGAAUUUUGUGUGUUUUUAGAUGAUGAGAGAGCGCAAUAUGAAGAAGAUGAAGGAAGGAAGUGUGAUAAAAUGUUUAACGUCGAGAAGAAAAGCUACAGGAUGAGAAAGUAGUGGUUGGCGUCGCGACGACGAUGGCAUAUACUUAUAUGUACCUACUAUGUUUAUAAUAAUGGGAUUAAAUUAAACGACUGUGUUACUCGAUGCCAUAUACAGUACCUACCAUAUACUUACUCGCAUAGUAUCCAUAUAAUGUCGUAUACGAGUACAUACGACUCUCUACGUUGUAUAAUGUAGUAUAUUUUAUACCUACCUACGUUUACGUAUGUGUAUAUUAGAAAGAUUAAAUUGCACAUUUACCACCAUUGCCGACGCGACGAAUUUUAAGUACAAUUUACAUAUCCUACGAAGUAUACUAAUAACGGUUUAAGGAUUUACCGACGACGAGAGAUGCAGGUCUGUGCGAGAAAUAGCGACGGUGUUGAUGAUGAUGAUGAUGAUGGCGGUGAUAACUGUGAUGAUGAUGUUUGAAAAGUGUGAAUUGCCGAGCUCUUCUACGAUGAGAUGAAGUUUUUAUUGUCCUCGUAAGAUUUUCGAUUGUCGAGUAAUUUACUCUGUUUAUGCUUUGUAAUUCGAGGCCUAUACGAGAGAUUACCUAGCUCACGAGUGUGUGUGUUCUAGAGAAUAUAAUACCCUAUCUUACCUAUAUACCUACCUCUUUUUUUUGUUUUGUUUACCUAAUUAUGGAGUAAGAUUGUGUAUGGAUAAAGUGAUGGUUUCAAUGGAAAAAAAUGCUGGUUAUUUGCCAAUUAGACAGUUACACUAGAUAUUCUGUAUAUUUUGUAAGUGGAUGGAAGUACUUCAGAUUUCGAUAUACUGAGUACUACUACCAUUGAAAAAAAAAAAAAAACAAAAAACAAAAACCAAAAAAAAGUCGAUCCUUCUAUUUUUGAUAUAAUAUGUAUUGUAUUCUUUACCUGGGGGGGAGGGGGGGGGGGGGUAAAUCCAAUUAUAUGUAUACUUGGGUAAUAUGUACAUACUUAUAAGAUAAGUUACCAAUCAGUUGUAUCAUUUUAGCUAUUUUUUUUUUUUACAUAAAACUGACUUUCUAAGAUUUCAAAAAAAAAAAAUCAUCUUCACCAUUUUUUCCCAAUCUGCUUGAAUUUUGUUUCAACUCCAAUUCAGUUUCUCACCAAUGAUUAUUGAAAAAAAAUCUUAAAUAACCGAGUAAAAUUACCUUAUCAUGAUUAAAAGAACGAAUUAAAAAUUUUUGUUCAAUUUUAUUAGGUACCUAUGUGUUAUACCCAGAUUUUUAUUGAAACUAGAGAUUAUAAUAAUACGAUAUUCAAAUUUAAUCUAUUUUUAAAAUUUAAAAUUUUUAAUAGUUUUUUUUCUGUUUUAAAAAUCAAAUUUCAGAAACAUAGGUACCUAAUUAGUUGUUUAUAAUUUAAGAGUUUUUUGGAUCUCUUGUCGAGAAACGUGAGGCCAUUUUUGUUGUUUUAUUUAUGUAUCUUUUCUUUUGUGAAAUAAAUAUUGUUGAAUGUGUUUUUUA